AUGCUCUUCCCCACUGGCGUCUUCACUGUUGCCGCCGCGCUGGUGCUGACAUCGUUGAACAGCGUGCUUGCCGCUUCCAUCUCGGAGACGUCUCUGGCUGCUCGAGCUGUCACAGUGCCGAGUCCUGCUUUCGUCCUGUACUCCGACUUGUUCACUCCGGACCCGAAUAUCCUCGGGGAUCCGUCGGGAUUCGCUGGGUGGAAUGUCAUCAACCUCUCCUUCCUGACCAUCGCCAAGGGGCCCUUCGACCAGGUCCUCCGCUGGAAGAAUCUGCCCGCGGCGACCAAGAAGGCGGUCAAGGCCAAGUACCACGCGGCCGGGAUCCGCAUCGUCGCGGCCGCGCUUGGGGACACGGACACCCCGACGACGUCCGGGAUCGACCCAACGGAGAUCGGGCAGCAGUUCGGGCAGUUCAUCCUCGACAACAGCCUCGACGGGAUCGACGUCGACUACGAGGACCUCGCGGCGAUCAACAAGGGGGACGGCAAGGGCGAGGCGUGGGUCGUCACGUUCACGCAGGUGCUCCGGAGCAAGCUCCCCAAGGGCCAGUUCAUCCUCUCGCACGCGCCGCUCGCGCCGUGGCUCGCGCCGAACGCGCAGUUCAAGGCGGGCGCGUACGUGACCGUGAACAAGAAGGUCGGGUCCCUCAUCGACUACUACAACGUCCAGUUCUACAACCAGCCGAGCAACAACUACGGGGACUGCAAGUCACUGCUCUACACCUCGCUCGCGCCGUUCACGGGCUCCGCGCUCUUCCAGGCACCGAAGCACGGCUUCGCGCUCAACAAGCUCGUCAUCGGCAAGCCCGCGAUCCGGCCGACGGCCCGUUCGGCGGGUACAUGUCCCCCGCCGCGCUCGGCAAGCCCCCACGCGGACUCGAAGUGGAUCAAGGCGGCGAAGGGCGGCGCGUUCGCCUGA